CACAAAGCGUGUGUGCCUCCCCCCUCCCAUCAGCCCCUUGUUUCUAUGUUCUUGUAGCGCGCGCCGGCUGUUUUCCCCUUCGGCGUCGGAGUAAGAGCUCUCUCUCUUGACCCUAACCCUAAUCCUAAUCGUGGCUCGCUUUGCGGCUUUCUCGGUUCGCUAGGCCGUGGUCUCCGAUUCGGAGCCCUCCAUCCUCUCAUUCGGAUCUCUAAUGCGUGGGAGCUGGAGCGAUUCUGCUGUUGGGAUCGGAGAUGGCGCUUGUUCCGGGGGUUUCCGAGGGUGCGAUCGUGGAAUUGGAUGUAGGCAAAUCGGUGGAGUCCCUCGCGGCGCUCCUCGACUCGCAGAGGGAGCUCUUUCACAGCCAGAUCGAUCAUUUCCAGAAGCUCGUCGUCGCCCAAUGCAAGCUCACCGGCGUCAACCCCCUCUCCCAAGAAAUGGCUGCUGGAGCACUAUCAAUAAAAAUUGGUAAAAAGCCAAGGGACUUGCUGAACCCCAAAGCGGUCACUUAUAUGCAGUCAGUUUUCUCAGUCAAGGAUACAAUUGGCAAGAAGGAAACUCGUGAGAUUAGUGCUCUUUGUGGGAUUACAGUUACACAGGUUAGAGAAUUUUUUGCUGCUCAGCGUUCAAGGGUGAGAAAACUUGUUCACGUGUCACAGGAGAAAGCUAUGAGAGUAGAGGCAUCCAGGACAUCUAGCAAUGGAUGCUCCUCUAGUUCUGUACAGUCAAUUUCUGCUGAAACUACAGUAAUCAGGGAACAAAUACCAGUCCCUGAGAGUGCCAUGGUUAUUAAUAGCUUGAGAGACGGCCAACAGGACACUUUGAUUUCAACUGAACUUAAGAACACUGAGGAAGGUCCUUCAUGCUCAGCGCUGGAAGAGACUUAUCCUGGCAUUGACUCCAAUGAUAAAAAGUUUCUGGACAACAUUUUUAAUCUAAUGAGGAAGGAAGAGACAUUUUCUGGACAGGUGAAGCUGGUGGAAUGGAUUCUCCAAAUUCAUAAUUCAACAGUCUUAAUUUGGUUUUUAACUAAAGGCGGUCUUACCAUUCUAGCAACAUGGUUGAGCCAAGCAGCUCAUGAAGAACAAACAACUGUGCUUCUUGUCAUUUUUAAGGUUCUCUGUCACCUGCCACUGCAUAAAGCUUUGCCAGUACAAAUGUCUGCUAUCUUGCAAACUGUUAACAGGCUGCGGUUUUAUAGGACAUCAGACAUAUCGGGCAGGGCAAAAACCCUCCUUUCAAGAUGGAGCAAACUGUUUGUCAGAACACAGGCUUUGAAGAAACCUCUUUUCAGUUCCUCCAAGGAUUCUCAGAAGGAGAUAAUUCGUAAACAAAGGAUCAGUGAAAUUCUUAGUGAUGAGUCAUGGCAUUUCAAAAUUGAUAUUCCUGAGGACAUUCUUGCCCUAAAUGCAGAUUUGGAAAACAACAGGAAAUCAGAGUCUAAACAACCACUAAAGCUACUUCCAUCUUCUACUGAUGUGUUAAGUAAAAAGCAUGGCCGAAGUGUCUCAUUGUCCAAAAUCAAAGAACGCAGAAAAGUUUUACUGGUGGAGCAGCCUGAUUGUAAAACUUCAGGAAGAAGUGUGCAGGUUGCAAGAGCAGUACCUUCAAACCAUAGCCGUCCCAUGUCAGCCGAUGAUAUCCAGAAGGCAAAGAUGCGUGCAAUGUUCAUGCAGAACAAGUAUGGCAAGGCUGAUAUGUCCAAUAGUGAAAAUAAGCCUCAGAAAACCGAAGAUAAUCAUGUGCCUUCUCCAUCUCAGACCAGCAAUAUGCUGUCUGUAUCAAGAGCCCAUCAGUUACCUCCAUUGGAAAAAGAUGGAGCAACAAAAGCUGCAAUAUCCACAACAAACAUUCGUCCCGAUAAGUCAGAAACUUUGGUCAUUCCAAGACCAAGCACAACUUCUCAGGAACAAUUGUUGGAGAAGUUGAAGUGCAGUCAAAUCCAAUGGCAGACACCUCCAGAGAUUAUACUUGAUUCUGAAUGGUGUGUGGGCGUUGGGAAAAACAGCAAGGAAGUGGAAGUCCAGGCACACAGAAAUCGGCGGGAAAAGGAAACGUUCUAUCCAAAACCAGAAGACGUCCCAUUAAAUCCAAAGGAACCUUGGGACUUAGAGAUGGAUUUUGAUGACAGCUUGACUCAAAUCCCAACCGAGCCGCCACCAGAUGCCGACAUCGUUGAAGACUCUUCAUGCUCUCCCUGCAAUGGUGAAGCCUCCACUGAUGAAACGCCUACUGCUAUCUCUGCUCCUCCUCCGAUCAAUAAUGGGAAUCCAGUGCCAGACCUUGAGCUGCUAACCGUGCUGCUCAAAAACCCAGAGCUGGUCUUUGCGCUGACGUCGGGCCAGGCGAAGAGCAUGACAAGUGAGGAGAUGGUGGCGUUGCUGGACGUGCUCAAGAAAAAUGGUGUAGGGUUGGCAGAAUUGGUGACUGGGACAGCCGAUUGCCCUAAAGAGAAACCUAAGGAACCUGAGCCAACUUCUCUUCCAUCUCCGACUCCUCCAUCAGAUCCAGCUGCAAGGGCUGGUUGGAGAUCAGAAUUCCCGGUCCGUCAGAGUACUCCAGUCCUCCAGCCUCAUUUUCCUGGCAGCAGAGUUGCUACUCUUCCUACUGCUGCUCCUCACAACCCAUCUCCUGCAGCAAUCCCUCCUGUGAUUGUUAAGACACAGGCUCCAGGUUUGGGGUUGCCUCCUCAUACUCCAAUCACCACUAUCUCAUCAAUGUCACAGCCGACAGUAACUAUUAAUGCCACAUCUCAACACCACCCAUCCCUCAAUUUCCUUCCGAAGGGACCUCCAGCACCCUCAGCUCACCAGAUUCCUACCUCUAUGUAUCCAUUGCAACAUAGCUCGGUUCCCGACUCUAUCUUGCCCACAAAGCAAUACCCAAUAACAAAUGUACCAUCUGCUCCCCCCUCGGUACCUCGGCAGGAGUCCUUUAACCAUAAUCCCUCACCCAUGACUACCUAUCCUACCUUACCAAGGCCACAACCUCCAACAUUUUCUUCGAGAAUUCCUACAUGGCCAUCUGGUGCUGCUGCGAGUGCCGCCAGCAUUGGGAGGCCAAAUCCAACACCAGACCCUUGGAUCGGUCGAUCAAAUGCCAUGUCAGAGGCUUCGGUCCCCAACCAACGAUUCUUGGCUAACGGAAUCAACUACAAUGCUCAUACCAAGGGACCUCUGUUUUCACCUGUUAUGCCACCUGGCGAUAGAUAUGAGAUUGUGGAUGGGUCGCAGGUAGAGACGUGGAGCCCAGAAGGCAGCCCUGUGAGAUUAGGUGGCCGGAAUUAUUCUGGGACAGUAAGAGACCACGGCCGGCAUCAUAGGCCUGAAUGGCCAAGGCGGUGGGAUCCUGGGAAUCGGGACCGCCACCGGUCUGGCAGUAAGCAAAGGUGGCGAGAUCAUGAUCGAGAUCGGAAGCGAUGAUUUUUUGUAUGAUUUAUUUGCAGGGAGGAAUCCGGUGUCAGAUUUCUUGUGGGACAGCGUAGAAUUGUAAAAUGUGAACAGAUUAUAGAGCCUUCAAAUUUUAGUGAUAUGGAACGUGAGGAAAUGAAACAUUCUAUUCCAAUUGGUGAACAGCAAAAAAACAAAAAGUAAAAGUUAUUUCCAUUUUUAUUUU